AUGGCGACUUUGAUGGAUACUAUUUGUAAGGCUAAGGACAAUGGCAGGAUCUCCUUCGAGGACUUUAAGUUGAAAUCUCUAGAGGAGAUAUGCUAUGCACAAUCAUCAAUAUUUUGCAUCCAGUCCGCAGUUGACUCCCAAGAUGUAAGAUCUGCUAUGGCGACUUCUGCCGUGGUAACUUCUGGAGUGCCUGAGUCUCAAGAACUUAUCCAGUCCGCAGUUCAGAUCCUUUCUUCGGUGCAGAAUCCUGAAUCUUUUGGAGUUGACCAAGCACAAGUUGAUGCAUGCAUAGCUAGAUUAUCUGCAUUGCAGCCAGUUGGUGCUUCCUGUAGCAAUGUUGGUGCCUCCUGCAGCAUUUCUGAAGCUGCUGAAGCUACCAGCACAAAGAAAGCUGAUGAAGAAAAGGCUGCUGAAGCUACCAGCACAAAGAAGGCUGAUGAAGAAGAGAUCAUUGCAUUGCAGCCAGUUGGUGCUUCCUGCAGCAAUGUUGGUGACUCCUGCAGCAUUUCUGAAGCUGGUGAAGCUGCCAACACAAAGAAGGCUGCUGAAGAAGAGAUCAUUGUAUUGCAGCCAGUUGGUGCUUCCUGCAGCAAUGUUGAUGCCUCAUGCAGCAUUUCUGAAGCUACCAACACAAAGAAGGCUGCUGCUGCUGCGGUGCCUGAAGCUGCCAACACAACUAAUAUAAACGUACAUGCAGUGAUGUACACAAGGGAUUUGGCAAGCCUCAAGGAAUUUGACAUGUGUACAAUAGUGUAUGAGCAUCUGAGGGAUUGUAUCAAAAUUUGGAAGAAGCAGAGGCAGGAUGCAAAAAACAAGGCAUCACUUACUAUGCUUGGUUGCCCAAUCAUAAUUCUGGGAUUUAUUGUCGAUAAUUUGAAACUAACGGAUAGUGUAAACAAGAAUCGUCCUCGGCUCAAUGAGUAUGAUAUGGCGACUUUGAUGGAUACUAUUUGUAAGGCUAAGGACAAUGACAUGAUCUCCUUCGAGAACUUUAAGUUGAAAUCUCUAGAGGAGAUAUGCUAUGCGCAAUCAUCAAGAUUUUGCAUCCAGUCCGCAGUUGACUCCCAAGAUGUAAGAUCUGCUAUGGCGACUUCUGCCGUGGUAACUUCUGGAGUGCCUGAGUCUCAAGAAGUUAUCCAGUCCGCGGUUCAGACCCUUUCUUCAGUGCAGAAUCCUGAAUCUUUUGGAGUUGACCAAGCACAAGUUGAUGCAUGCAUAGCUAGAUUAUCUGCAUUGCAGCCAGUUGGUGCUUCCUGCAGCAAUGUUGGUGCCUCCUGCAGCAUUUCUGAAGUUGCUGAAGCUACCAGCACAAAGAAAGCUGAUGAAGAAGAAGCUGCUGAAGCUUCCAGCACAAAGAAGGCUGAUGAAGAAGAGAUCAUUGCAUUGCAGCCAGUUGGUGCUUCCUGCAGCAAUGUUGGUGACUCCUGCAGCAUUUCUGAAGCUGUUGAAGCUGCCAACACAAAGAAGGCUGCUGAAGAAGAGAUCAUUGCAUUGCAGCCAGUUGGUGCUUCUUGCAGCAAUGUUGAUGCCUCCUGCAGCAUUUCUGAAGCUGCUGAAGCUGCCAACACAAAGAAGGCUGCUUCUGCUGCGGUGCCUGAAGCUGCCAACACAGCUGUGCAUGAAGAAGGGAUUUCUAAAGCUGCCAAGUCAAAAAGCCGUGCUACCAAGAAGCCUGCUGCUGCUGCGGUGCUUUAG